CUCUCUUAUCUUCAGAGUAUAAAACUAACCACCCAAAAAUCUGCCUGUCUUUUGACAAAAAUCUCUGAAGUUGAAUCUGUAAAAAGAAGAAAAAAAAAAGAAGAAGAAUCUGCCAUUAAUGGCUUUACUAAGCCAGCAACUCCAGAGAUUUUUGAUCACUAAAAUAAACUGUAACUCUGAUUUUAAGACUAACAAGAAAAACCCAGUAAUUGUAAAACAAAGAAAGAGAUCAUUAUUAAAAUGUUCUGCUAUUGCAAUUGAAGCACCAUCUUCUUUAGCUGGUGUUGCAGGAAUUAAAUGGGGAUUAACAAAAUUACAAGGUGCUAGAGAUGAAAUGGAAGAUGAUGCUUUUAUUGUUCAACCUGAUAAACUUCAUGGCUUCUCUUUUGCUGCUGUUUUUGAUGGACAUGGUGGUUUUUCUUCUGUCAAAUUCCUUAGGGAAGAGCUAUAUAAAGAGUGUGCUCAAGCUCUACAAGGUGAGUUGCUGUUAACUGGGAAAGAUAUUGAUGCCAUUAAGAGGGCAAUAAUAGAGGCUUUUGAGAAUGUGGACGCGAGAUUAUCAGAAAUGCUAGCAGAGAAAGAGGAAGAGGAUGAAUCCGGGGCAACAGCUACAGUCAUGUUGGUUGGAAAUGAAAGACUAUACAUUGCUCAUCUUGGUGACUCUUCUGCGGUACUCUCACGCUCUGGGAAAGUAGAAGUAUUGACUGAUGCUCAUAGGCCUUAUGGUAGCAACAAGGCAUCACUUCGAGAAAUUAGAAGAAUCAAUGAAGCAGGUGGAUGGAUUCUCAAUGGGAGAAUAUGUGGAGAUAUUGCUGUAUCUCGUUCUUUUGGUGACAUUCGUUUUAAGACAAAGAAGAAUGAGAUGCUGGAAGGAGGAGUUAGGGAAAAGAGAUGGUCACAGAAGUUUGCUUCUAGGGUGAAGUUUAAUGGGGAUCUGGUAGUUGCUCGUCCUGAUGUAUUGCAAGUAGUACUUGGAUCUGAUGCAGAAUUCGUAGUGUUAGCCUCAGAUGGCUUAUGGGAUUAUAUCAACAGCUCAGAAGCAGUAUCUUUAGUCAGAAACGAGCUGCGACAGCAUGGAAAUGUUCAGCUAGCUUGUGAAUCAUUGGCAAAUACAGCUUUGGACCGGCGAUCACAGGAUAACAUUAGCAUCAUAGUUGCAGAUUUAGGGAAAACAGAUUGGCAGAGUUUACCAGCAGAUCGACAGAACAUUGUGUUCGAAUUUGGCCAAGCUUUUGUCACAGUUAGUGUGGUGUCUCUUGGAAUAUGGUUGACUUCAUUUCUGGUUUUGUAAAUUUGUUAGCUACAGUAGUACAGUGUAUAUAUAGAUUUGUAUAAUUAGUCCAUAGGAAUCUUUCUAUAUAUUAAUAUCUAUCUAUACAUGGUUUUUCA